UUGGUUAUUGUUGUGUGUGUGUGUGUGUGUGUGUGUGUCAGGGUCUUGCUGGGUCACCCAGACUGGAGUGCAGUGGCGUGAUCUCGGCUCACUGCAGCCUCAACCUCCUAGGCUCAAGUGAUCUUCCUGCCCCAGCCUCCCGAGUAGCUGAGACUACAGGCAUGCACCACCACACCUGGCUAAUUUUUGUAUUUUUUGUAGAGACGGGAGUCUCACCAUGUUGCCCAAGUUGGUCUUGAACUCCUGGACUCUCCUGCCUUGGUCUCCCAAAGUGAUGGGAUUACAGGUGUGAGCCAGGGCACAAGUGUUUCAAAGGCUUUGUUCAAAGAUAAAAAAGAUAAAAUAUCUCUCCAGUUUCUGAACAGACAAACCAGAAUUCAGUGUGAUUAAAUGGAAGAAAGGCAAAAAAAGAGAACUUUUUAUGGGCACUUAGUUUAUUUUAUUAGGAAAUUUGGACAAGGUUACAUGAUAACUAAGAACACAAAAGCAAAAAACAAAGAAGCAUCGCAUGCCAAUGGGAAGAGUGGAACUAAGAUGGAGCUGCAUAGCCGUGAGUAUGUCCGUCAGACCGAACACGAGGCGUUGUGAUUUCAUUUUACUGAGGUCAGUUACUUGGACAGUUACACAGGUGCUGCGCUGCUCUCAUAUUUUUCCAUGAGAUGGUUCCUAUUAGUUUGGUAGCUUUUCAGAUGGAAAGACAUGAAACACCAAACAAAAACAGCUACAGAGUUCAGGACCAUAGAGGAGGGAGAGACCAGACAGGAUGGGAAGGAUGGGAGUCUUACCUACAGGACAGAGGCAGGUGCUCCGCCUAGCAGCAGCAUUGCUUCUGGCAGCAGCACUUCUGCUGGCAACAGCCCUUCCCACAGCCGCAGCCACACGAGCUGCAGGUGCGGCGGCGGCAGCAGAUCACGGGCGUGCUACAGCAGCCCCCACAGCAGCCGCGGCAGCAGGGGCAGCAGCUGGAGCAGCAGCCCACCCAGUAGCGCCUGCAGGUGGUGCAGCUGCCACAGCCACCACAGCCACCACCGCAACCACUGCAGCCACCACUGCAGCCGCCACAGCCACCACCACAGCCACCACAGCCGCCACCACAACUUCCACAACCACAGCAACCCAUGGUGUCAGUAGAGAGGACUCAGAUUAAAAGCAAGCUAAGAGAUGCUAACAUGUAGGAGAGGAUCUUCAUUUUCUCAGAAACCAGUUGAAUCGUUGAGACUUCAGGUUAAGCCGGAACCCAAGGUUGCUGCCGGCUGCUUUUCCAUCUCUCUGCAGUGGCUUCUCUCCAGGAAAUCACCCUGGUUUCUUGGAAACUCCCGAGAUGCAAAAGAGUAAAUAAGAGCAUCCAAAUUGUCGUUUUUGCAAAA